AGCUUACCAGGAAGGGGGCAGGGUGGCUCCCCAGAGCAAGGGUGCUAGCUGGGACAAGGAACAGUUCUCUGCCUGGGUGGCACUCCCCAGACCACUGGACCCCUCAUGGCAGGGGAGACCUUUCCUUUCACAUCCUCCACACUGCGUGCUCUCCGCCUACAGAGAGAGUGGCUGGAGUGGGAAGACAGGAGGCAGGCUGCUGCUCAUCGGAGUCGAAGCCAAAGGUACCUCUCUAGUCCCCAGGCACGGCUCACGAGGCCUCGCCACUCCUGCCGAGACCCAGCUGUCCACAAUGCCCUGUUCUCUGGGGACCUACAGCAGGUUCAAAUCCUGUUCCAAGAUGAAGAGGCUGCCAACAUGAUUGUGGAGACUGUGAGCAACCAGCUGGCCUGGUCAGCAGAACAGGGAUUCUGGGUGCUGACUCCAAAGACCAAGCACACGGCACCUCUGACCAUCGCUGUGGCCAGAGGCUACACAGACUGCGCCCGGCACCUUAUCCUGCAGGGGGCUGAGCUCGAUGCCCGGAUUGGAGGUCAUGCUGCCUUGCAUGAGGCCUGUGCCCAAGCCCAACCCGACUGUGUUCGGCUGCUGCUCACCUUCGGUGCCAAGGCCAAUGUGCUGUCUGAGGAGGGCACGACCCCCCUGCACCUCUGCACGGCUCCUGAGUCCUUGCAGUGCGCCAAGUUGCUGCUAGAGGCCGGAGCAUCUGUGAAUGUGGCAUCACAGGAGAGCGAAGCCACUCCCCUGCACGUGGCUGCAGCUCGUGGCCUGGAGCAACACGUGGCUCUCUACCUGGAGAAUGGUGCAGACGUGGACCUGCGCACCAGCCAGGGCGAAACUGCACUGAACGCAGCGUGCGCUGGAGCAGAGGGGCCAGGUAGCUGCCACGAGGCGGCAGCGCGACAGCUCUUGGAAGCCGGGGCUGAUCCCCGGGCUGCUGGUCGCAAGCGCCACACACCACUACACAACGCCUGUGCUAACGGUUGCGGAGGCCUGGCCGAGCUGCUGCUGCGCCACGGGGCCAGCGCUAGAGUCACCAACGGGGCAGGCCACACACCCAUGGACUGCGCGCUGCAAGCGGUACAGGACGCCCCCAACUGGGAGCCCGAGGUCCUCUUUGCAGCGCUGCUGGACUACGGGGCCCAGCCUGUUCACCCUGAGAUGCUGAAACACUGUGCCAACUUUCCUCGGGCCCUGGAAGUCCUGCUUAAUGCCUACCCAUGUGUUCCAUCCUGUGACCCCUGGGUGGAGGCGGUGCUCCCGGAACUGUGGCAGGAACAUGAAGCCUUCUACAGCUCUGCCCUACGCAUGGAAAACCAGCCAAGACGGCUCCAGCACCUGGCCCGCCUGGCUGUGCGUGCUCAGUUGGGUAGCAACUGUCGGCAGGCUGCCGCCAAACUCCCACUGCCCCCACUGCUCAGAGACUACCUGCUGCUGUGUGUGGAGGGACAAAUCCAGUGAGCUCCGAGCAGGCCACCUCCAUCUGCUCCUACACCCAGGCCUGGGAAACCAACCAGUACCUUUUCCUUUGCACUUAGCAUGGCCUCCAGGGCCAGCUCGUCCCUCCACUGACAUUUAAAGCCACCUGCUGAUCUUCAGGCCUUCUCAGCCUGUCCCCAAAGAAACCUUUCCCCCACCUACCACUCUCAUGCAUAAGUAGAUAGAUGGCCUCUUCAUCGACCCCAGCUACAAGCAACUGAUCCCAGGUGCAGCUCCUCCCUCGCCAGCCAGAUGCCUACUCAGCCCCCUUCAUAGUGGCAGGCCCUUACUUGGACUUGAUGGCGUAGAUCUCUAACCCCAGUACUCAGCAGGCUGAGGCAGUAGAAUUGUGAGUUCAAAGCUAGCAAGAUCUUUGGGGCAGGGGAACCCUGCUUCUUUGCCUUCUUUCCUUUUUUUCAGAGCUGAGGAUCGAACCCAGGACCCUGCGCUUGCUAGGCAAGCCCUCUACGACUGAGCUAAAUCCCCACCCCUCUUUGCCUUCUUUCUAGCCCAACUCUAGAUAGAACUAAAAGGGCUAUUGUACUUGUUUUUUCCCAAGCGCUAGGCAUGGGGCUCGGGGUAUGUGGUAAGCAAGUGUCCCACCACAGAGUCAGACCCCAGCUCUUAAUGAAACCCAUGUCUCGAAUGGAUGCUAGAAUAAUCUUUUUGUGUUUUGUUUUUGUUUUUUUUGAGACAGGGUUUUAUAUAACAGCCCUAGGUAUCCUAGAACUCACUCUGUAGACCAGGCUGGCCUCGAACUCACAGAAAUCUAUCUGCCUCUGUCUCCUGAGUGCUGGGAUUAAAGAUGUGCGCCACCACCACCACUGCCUGGCCCCCUGAAACCUUUAUGAUGUGUUCUCCCUUACUCCCAAGUGUUGCAUGGUAUCUUAACUGUCAGUCACUCUAGAAUGGCCUCUGGGCCCAGAGAGCUAGAAAGCUGUCCUCUCUUAUUUCGUCUGGCCCUAGAGACGAAAAGGUGUGACCACUCACAUUUAGGGGGAGGCUUUUCAAGGCAAACCAGUUGUAUGAAUGCAAAUAAACAAUUUGUGCA